UUUUCAAAAUUUUAUAAUAUAUUUUAAUAUUUUAUUCAUGUAUUCUGGAUUAUUAUUAUUAUUUUUUUAAUUUAUAUUAUUAUUUUAUUCUUAUGAACUCUUUAUCCGGGUUCAAUAAUGCAGAAAACAACAAAUACAUGUUCAUAACUAUUUAUGGUCCCACAAAAAAAUAUUAAAAAAAUUGGGUGAACUCCACCAAUGCUUAUGCUCUAACGCAUGUGUAAACUGUAAAGUGUGACUCUGUAAUAACGCUUAAGUGUCUCGGAUAUAUAACCGAAAAGAAAAAUUAGAUGUUUGUUCCUGGUUUAAUCACAAAUCCCAGUUCAUUUAGAGAGAUUUGACGUUUAUUUUCUUAAUUGAUUUAUUUUAUUACAAAAUACAAACUAUUAUAUAGACAAAUUUUACAAAUGAUAUUUUUAUUUAGGUUAUCAAAAUUCAUGUCUAGCGAUUCUAUUUGUAAGGAUGUUAAAAAAACACGAUUCUAUUUGUAUUUACUAUUUUAAAUCGCUUUUUGAAUAUUUAAACAACAGUUUUAUUUGCAAAAUAUUAUAUAAUUUUUAUUAGUUUACAUAAUUGUUAAUAAAUCAUUUUUAACUCAAAAUAUAUGUAAUGUAAAAGCAUUAACUGCACAUUUAGCUAAACCAUUAAACUGUUUUGAACCCAUAGACUUAACACAGAGAUUUGACUUAGAAAUCAUAUUAAAGUAGCCAAGCCAUGUGCAAUUCCAUUGUAAAUUGAACUCUGAAAUAAAAAUUCGAAAAAGAUCCGAAAUCUAAGCAAAGAAUCAUCUUUAAUACUUGCAAUCAGAUUCACACACACACAACCAACAAAAAAGAGAGUAAACGAAGAAAAUGGCCUUCAAGAAUCAUUCCUCGAGAACAGUUUCUACUUCUUCUUCACUUCCUUUCAGAUUCACAACAAUCAUUACACUACUACUCAUCUUCUGUACCUCUUACUACAUCUUCUUCUCACAGCUCGAUCACUCUCCAUUGACUUCUUCAGCGGAAAAUCCUCCCUUCGCUGGAGAUCUUCGAGACCUAACAUCCCCUUGGAACAAACUCUCUUUCUGACCAAUCUCCCAGAAGCUAAAACUCGCCGUCUUCUGCAAAUCAUGGCCCGUUGGUUCGAUCCCCGGAGGAAUGGAGCGUCACGCAUACACUCUCUACACUUCUCUCGCCUCAAGAGGCCACGAGGUUCACGUCUUCACGGUUUCUUCCGACAGAACUAACCAUCAUAAAAACCAAGAAGAGUAUUACAACAAAGGAGAUCUACACAUCUACUUUGCUCCAAACGAAAACGGUGGACUUAACAUCUCUCAUGCUUUCGAGAUCUUCCACAGAAUCAACGGUGUAGAUCGUCCUUUCGACUAUGUUCACACCGAGAGUGUUGCUUUACCUCAUUGGCGAGUCAAGAUGGUGCCUAAAGGUGACGUGGCUGUGACGUGGCAUGGGAUUUGGUACGAGAUUAUGCAUUCUAAGCUUUUUGAAGAGCUUUAUUACUCGAAUGAUCAUCAUAUCUCCGAUCUUGAUCACACAAUGCCUAGACUCGUCGAUGAAAUCAGAUUCUUCCCGGCUUAUAAACAACACAUUUGCAUAAGCAACAGCGCGCGUGAGGUUCUUGUUAACAUCUAUCAGCUUCCUAAGAGAAACGUUCAUGUUAUAGUCAACGGCGUUGACCAGACUAAGUUCGUGUACUCCCCUGAAACUGGAGCUAGGUUUAGGGCGAAACACGGUGUUCCUGUUGGUAAUGGGACGGUUAUUGUGAUGGGUGUGUCUGGACGUUUGGUGAGAGACAAAGGACAUCCACUUCUGUACGAAGCGUUUGCUUUGAUCGCUAAAACGCACCCUCAAGUGUACCUCCUUGUGGCUGGAUCUGGUCCUUGGGGGAAAAGAUACGCGGAGCUUGGUGAACACGUUAGGGUUUUAGGGUCUUUAGAGCCAGAAGAGCUCUCUGGUUUCUACAACGCUUUGGAUGUGUUUGUGAAUCCAACGUUGAGACCUCAAGGGCUUGAUUUGACGAUCAUUGAGGCAAUGCAGUGUGGGAAACCUGUUGUGGCGCCGAACUACCCUAGCAUUGUUGGGACGGUGGUUGUGGAUGAGCGUUUUGGGUAUACGUUUUCUCCAAACGUGAGGUCUCUUGUUGAGACGCUGGAAUCUGUUGUGAGAGAUGGGUCUAUGGUUUUGGAGAUGAAGGGGAAAGAUUGUAAGGAUUAUGCUCUUUCAAUGUUUACAGCUACUCAGAUGGCUUCGGCUUAUGAGAGAUUCUUUAUGUGUAUGACUAAUGAGAGGUAUUGUAGGUACCCUCUCCAUAUAGACAGUUGAUUUUUUUUUUUUCAUUGAUUUUGUAAGUUACUUUGAAUCAUUUCUUUUGUAACAAGAUACUUGAUCUCAUGGAUUACACAAUUUCAUUCUCUUCAUUUACACAA